UGAAAUCCCUUAUUGAACAUUGUUCCACCAAGGACAGCAUCCUGAUCUCUAGUAUCUGACACAAAGAGCUUCUCGGGUGACUAAUCCCUCCUCCUUGUUGUUUUAAAGGGCACUAAUUAGGAUUAAUGUUGUUUCUGGUGUCUCCUGCUCAAAGAGUUCACACUGUUUCAUCAUCAGGAGACUCAUAUCUGCCACCGUGUUGAAGACUCUUUUAAUUAACUUUCGGCCAAAACAACACUCUUGAACACUGUUAGAGUUCCUCCCAACUGUUUUCACUUUUUAAUGCUUUCAGUCAUUUCCUGAACACAACAGGAGACGUUACGAUGACAAAAGGUCCAACGUGGCCGCUCCAGCGCCCCAAACGAUAUAAAAGAGGCCGAUAGAUACGAUGUUUGGGUCAGAACGACGAACGGAGCAACAGCUUUGGAGAGAAACUCGUCCAGGAAGCCGUCUGGUUUAAUAGCUGACCAACAUCUCCACCAUGAGACAGUCGCUGGUGUGCGUCCUCUUCUCGGCGGCGCUCUUGUUGGAGCGCUCUUCUCUCUCCGAGGCGUUACCCGUGGUCAAGGCCGACGACGGCUCCUUGGAGCAGGAUGCUUUCGCCUCGUUGCUAGGCGACGAGGCGGCAGAAAGCGGCGUCCUGGGCGAGGCGGAGCUGAAGAGCAGCCGGGGGCCCAGGGUCUUCGUCAUCGCCGACCCCGGCGUCUGGAGGGACCUCAGGCCGCUCCACGGCGGUCUGUCGCUCUACAAACGCAGAACGGACGACAACAGCCAAGUGGUGGAGCACCGAGACCAGGACCUGAACAUCCCCAUCCUGAGGAGGGACACCAUGAGGUGCAUGGUGGGACGCGUCUACCGGCCCUGCUGGGAGGUCUAGGACCACCACCACACCUCCACCUGCCUCACACCUAGCUGUAAUAUAAUAUCUGUGUAUCUAUAUUUAAAUUGUUGCAGAUCUGAGAAUUAAAACCUCUGAAUU